CAGAGGAUCCCCACAGGAUGUUGGAGAGGGAUGAUGAGAGAACCGCUCAGUGGUGGAGAAUCAGACGUCGAGUAGAAUCCCUCAUCACCGAAAGCGGAAGGCUGAGUCACUACUGGUGAAGAAGGAAGGUCUGGAGAGGGAACGUGAGAGGAGGAGGAGGUGGAGGAGGAGGGGAAGACGAAGAAGAAGACGAAGAAGAGAGGGAGAUAAGCCACGACAGGAAGCAAAACGACACGCGCGCGCUCAGAGCUACACACCACUUGUUUAGCGAGCGUGCGCUUGUCUGCGUCUGAGGGGGGGGGAGAGAGAGAGAGGCUGGGCGAGUUAUAGAGGGUGAACGGGAAAGGAAGAAAGGGAGGGAGAGUGACGCGGAGGCUGGGAGAGCCGUUCCCCCCUCCCCUCCACCUCCUCCUCUCCUCUCCCUCGCUUUCUCCUCUCCUCUUCUCCUCCCCUCCCCUCCCUCUCUGGCUGUGUGGAGCAGGCGUGUAACGGCAUCAGACUCGGCGUGAAGGAACCAUGAGCGAUGUCACCAUCGUUAGAGAGGGAUGGCUCCAGAAAAGGGGUGAAUACAUAAAGAACUGGCGACCACGUUACUUCCUGCUGAAGACAGACGGCUCCUUCAUUGGCUACAAAGAGAAACCUCAGGAUGCAGACCUCCCUUAUCCUCUAAAUAACUUUUCAGUAGCAAAAUGCCAGCUGAUGAAGACAGAGAGGCCGAAGCCAAACACCUUCAUCAUACGCUGCCUUCAGUGGACCACUGUCAUUGAAAGGACCUUCCAUGUGGAUUCGCCUGAUGAACGAGAUGAGUGGACAGAGGCCAUCCAGAUGGUGGCAGACAAGCUGCAAAGACAAGAAGAGGAGAGGAUCCAGUGCAGCCCCACCUCCAAUAUUGACAACAUGGUGGAGGAGGAAAUGGACAUCUCCACUACACACCACAAACGCAAGACGAUGAGUGACUUUGACUACUUGAAGCUGCUGGGGAAGGGAACGUUUGGUAAAGUCAUCCUUGUCCGGGAAAAGGCCAGCGGGAAGUAUUACGCCAUGAAAAUCCUUAAAAAAGAAGUCAUCAUAGCCAAGGAUGAAGUUGCUCACACACUCACAGAGAGCAGAGUACUGAAAAACACCAGGCACCCUUUUCUCACUUCGCUGAAGUAUUCAUUCCAGACUAAAGACCGUCUCUGUUUUGUCAUGGAGUACGUGAAUGGAGGGGAGCUGUUUUUCCAUUUGUCCAGAGAGCGAGUGUUCUCGGAGGAGCGCACGCGCUUCUACGGUGCCGAGAUUGUCUCAGCUCUCAACUACCUGCAUUCAGCCAAGAUUGUGUACCGGGACCUCAAGUUGGAAAACCUGAUGCUGGAUAAAGAUGGUCAUAUAAAAAUCACAGAUUUUGGACUCUGCAAAGAGGGCAUCACUGAUGCUGCUACAAUGAAGACCUUCUGUGGAACGCCGGAGUACCUCGCUCCAGAGGUGCUGGAGGACAACGACUACGGCCGUGCCGUGGACUGGUGGGGGCUGGGUGUGGUGACGUACGAGAUGAUGUGCGGCCGGCUGCCGUUCUACAACCAGGACCACGAGAAGCUGUUCGAGCUCAUCCUCAUGGAGGACAUCAAGUUCCCGCGCACGCUGUCGGCGGACGCCAAGUCGCUGCUGUCUGGCCUGCUCAUCAAAGACCCAAACAAAAGGCUCGGGGGCGGACCAGAAGACGCUAAGGAAAUAAUGAGGCACAGUUUCUUCUCUGGCAUCGACUGGCAGGAUGUCUACGACAAAAAGCUCGUCCCUCCCUUCAAGCCUCAGGUGACGUCGGAGACGGACACCAGGUACUUCGACGAGGAGUUCACGGCUCAGACCAUCACAAUCACUCCACCAGAGAAAUUCGAUGAGGAUGGAAUGGACUGUCUGGACAACGAGAGGCGACCGCACUUCCCGCAGUUCUCGUACUCGGCCAGCGGGCGAGAAUGAACUGUCCAUCACGGUGACAUUGUCACAGCUGGUCUCUGAGGCCGCCAGCGUGGGACACGAAGACCCCGCAGCUUCGGACCAACCCAGACUUGAAGGAUUUUUGCCCUUUUCUCCUCCAUUCCUUCUCUUCAGUCUGCUUCUUACUUUAUUUAUUUGUUCCUCUCUCUCUCUCUCUCUCUCUCUUUCUCUCUCUCUCUCUCUUGUUGUGAAUCUCUUCAGAGGUCAAAACCUCGAGGCAAAAUUAGAGUUCACUCCUGCACUCUAAACUGCGACGCACACGAUCGGUUGACUUUUUUUUUAACGACCCUUUAACGACGGGAGCUUCACCGGCCCCCUGCUGUGCUUUGACACCUGUUGCUCUAAAAAAAAAAAAAAGAAGCCCAAACUACUCUAAGAUCUUAGCCGGCGCAGCUUUCAGGUAGUGUUCGUAUCUGCGAUACUGCGCUUUCAGUUGUUGGAACCCAAACUGCCAUGGCGGGUCGUUAACUCAGGCUUUCGCGAACACAAACUCGGAGACACGUUUGUGUCUCGCGACACGUCGUCGCUUCGGUGAUUCCGGGACGGGCUGAGCAGCGUGGGGGGCCCCCACACACUCCCUCCCUCAUGUCGUCAAGCAGGAUUUGACUCAGGUGCUGCUCAGCGCAAGUGAUGUUGUUGCUGCUAUUUCAACUACAACCACAACGACUACAGGUACCGCUCUUCUUCUACUGCUACUACUGAAAUCCGGUGCUACACCUCCAGCUAACCGUUACCAAGGCGACAGCUAAACGCCCCAAGCUAUGCUCGUCCAGCUGCUACCUUUUACUCUGCUGCUCUUAAAUGUCAUCAACCGAUGAUCACCAUGGGUUUUUCCGUUUCUCGCAACUCAAAGCACAGCAGUCCAGGCAGAUGAAGCUCCGGCUAAUACAGUUAGCUUUACUGCGUCAUCAACAAUGCAGCGGAAAUGCAAGAAGAAGUGAAAGUUGGAGAAAAUCAGCUGGUUUGAAUGUGUUCCCCUUCCCAACUGAAGUUUUUUUUUUUUUCUUUAUCUUUUUUCUUUUAUUUGAAUUUACCUUAAAUUUCCAAAAAGGGAAAAGCUUAACUGAAACGGUACUUUCUCAGCUUUACUGUGACUCGCGGUUAUCACGGCUUUGGGAUCCACACGGCUGUACCUCUUAGCGGUGAAUCCGGAAUGUCAGAUAUAGGAAAGGGACUGUUAUUAGAGUGGGGGGGGGAUGCAAUAUUAAUAAUGAUUUAUAAUGUGAUCACUUAUGAUGUAGUGAGGUAACAGCUUAGCUACUGUUUUCUGCGGAUUUUAAAACGACACGGUCUGUGAGGAAGUAAACAGAAGCAGAUGUGAGUUUACAAGAAUCACAGCAGUUGCUAUAAUAUACAUAUGUUCUAUUUAUUGCGCUACACAUUGGUUUUAUAUUAACCUUUUUUAUUGUUAUUACAUGAUUAAAAGUAUAUUGUUGUUUCUUAAGAUUGAGAGAAAUAUUGCACCUCAAGAAACAAAAAUGGCUCAAGAAUGUCGGAGGGAAAGCAGAAAGCCUUCCUGCUCCAUUUCUUUUUUUUUAUUUUAUUUUAUUUUAGGUUUUGUGUUGUUCUGUGACCAAAAUGUGACGGCCAGAGGAGACGGCACACGCUGAAGACGGUUUAUCGGUUUCACGUUGUCACCUGAAUGUCCCUGAUUUUUAAUGUUAGACGUGUGUUUGGUGACGGCCGAGGAGGCGUUCAGAGAGGAAGUGGAUCAAAGGGAGAAUGAGGAAGGCUCUAAAUUCAGAUUGUGAAGGGUGAUGUGUAAGUGCGUCGAGAAAAGAGAAGAACGAGUUUAGUCUGUCUCUACCUAAUAUCAUUAGGUAGAGAUUCACAGAGAAGUCGGCGUAUGACUGAAAACAGGCGGUUUUCAGAUUCUUUCCAGUCAGUGAAUGCAUCGCUUGUUAACAGUAACACUCUUCCUGUGGAAGUUGUUACGGAAAGAAGACUCAUAACUGGCUGUUUUCAGGACAGGAGAAACAUUUAAAGGAAAUCAGAGGAAGUGUGUGAGAUGUUUUAAGCUGUGUGAAUGAAACGGUAGGUUCUAUGGCGGUUCAGUCCUGUUGCUAAUGACUUUAAAAGUCUCAAAACAUCCAGAAUGUGAAUAUUCAUUCAGUGUUUAGAAGUAGGGUAGGUUUCCAACAUUCACUUCUGUUUGUUGAUGAUCUGGUUAAGGAAUUCAGAUGUUAUUACACUAACAACAGAAACUCAAUGGCUCAGCCCGUCACCUUUAAAUCUACAGAUUGUGCUUCUGAAACUGGUCCGUUGUGAUUUGUUUUGGAGUUCAAUAUCAUGGCCUUCUCAUUAUGUUAUUCAUUACUUGCUCCUUUGUUAUGGGAAAUGUAUCAUUUAACAAGAUGAUUUGGCUUAAAAACAGAUUAUAAUAGCCUAACAUGCUGUCAGUAACCAUGAAGUGUAAAUUACAUUAGGAUUUAUGUUAUGGUUUAAUUUACAAACCAUAACAGUGUUGACUGUUAGUCAUCCUUCUCUUAGGAGCAGAUUGUUUUAUAAAUGCUAACUGGGCUAAUUAGCAUUAGCUAACGACAGUAAAUAUUUCAAACCCCGCCAAAGACGAAUUGUUUUGUCUGAAUCUGAAAUCGGCCACAAACCUCUGACCGGUGCACCUCUACCUGAAUGUCGAUGACAAACCGACCCCUGACCCUUGACCCCUUCGGCCCGGGCCGUCUCCUCCGGUCUGGACUCUGUGUGUUUGCGGUUGUUGCGUCGUCAUGUCCUCCAGACCGACAAGGUUUUAGAAAUUCCCCUGGAUUUCUCUGUCUCCAAACGCUGUUGGGGAAGCCUGAUGGUUUCACUUCAUUCACAAGGUCAAAAACUUCUGAGUCUAAAAGAGAGAAGAAGAAGAAAAAAAAUCAAAGACAACCUGUUGUGUUUUUAGCAUCUGGCUUACACACACCGAGUGUAUCAGGGGAGUUGCUCUGAGGCAGAGAACACGUUAUUCCAAUAUAUUUAUUAUUUGAAUGUCUUUGGAUAACUUGAAUUUGUUUUCUAUUUAAUUUAUUUGUUGUCUGUUUGUUUGUUUGUUUUGGGCCUUUAGCAGUAAGGCGAGGUUGUAGUCAUGUUUUUUUUUUUUGUUAUAAAAAUAAAUGUUUUCUUUUUUUCUUUGCUUAAAGGUACGUCUUACACACAACCUUACCUGUUUUCCUGCUGCUCUUAAGUCCAUAUGCUUUACUGUUGCACUACCAUUAAACUGCAAAUAGCUAGCAAACCCGCUUUAUGGCAGAAAGUUCAAAAAGGAAAAGAAGCAAAAAAAAAAAAAAAAGAAUAAAUAAAAAAUGGACGGCGCUGGCCUGCAUGCUGUAGUUCUCCUCCGUCCAUCAGCCCCGAGUCAAAAUGGCGCUCUGAACUCCGAUGAAAAAUACUCGUGUGUGUGUGAUCGACGCGGCCUGUCUGGUAGCCGGGAAAAGUCCAAAUCCCACCCAGCUGGCACCCCUGACAGGCUCAAGGAAGCGCUCUCAAGUAUUUGGAAGGAUUUCAGCUUUGACUUGACUCAGGUCGGCGAGCAGCUGAGGAGUUCUAGCUGUGUGCGAACAUGUUAACGCCAAAAACCAUUAGGAAAAAAAAAAAAAGAAACAACGACCAGAGUUCAUGAAAAUACGGCUUUGUAGCUUUGAACACAGCACUUUUCGCAUCCCAUCACUUUUGAUACGAUUCAGAGGAAUUUGAUUCAGCCCUGCUUUAAAGCAAGAUUUUUAGCUUUUUUUAUGUUUUUAAAGAAAAUAAACGACGAUUUUUAACUAAUAAACAAAUCUCCAGAUACAACCAUUUGGCUUUGACGCGGCUCUGAUGUCCAGAUUUGACAGACGUGGCUGAAUGCAGCAAGUCGGCCGGCGGUGAGGCAGUUUAGAAACCCAAACGUUGGUCGUUAAUUGCACUGAAAAGUUUUUCUUCCUGUAAGCCUCCAACUCUCAGUGUUUGGGUGGAUUCUGGGGUCAGGCGCGAAGAACUUGACUUGAGAUGAUGAAGAGUAUUAUCGAUAUUAAUCAGUGGGGGGGGGAGGGAUUCCCCCUUACCGUGGCAGACGUCUCAGAAAGCCAGUUUCUGCUUCCUCACAGCUUUACCGGAUCCCUCACCACCAUCACAUCAUCAUCAUCGAACCAAACGGCGUGUGAAAUCCGGGACGCCGCGCUGCCGGCGGUCCGUCCGAAAGCUGCUGCUGUUUGUACCUUCCGUCUCCCAACGCCACCGCUCCGACUCCCGUUGCGUCUCGGCUGCUCUGCGUUCAAUCUCGUUUCGUUGACGUCGGCUAAAAAUGCACCCGAUGCUCGCCGCGCCGCUGCCAAACAGGAAGCGGGCUCGUGUUUGAAACGGAUUGAACCGAAGAGACGAGACUUCCUUUCUGCAGCAGAUUCCUCCCCCCGGUUUACCUCUGUCAACCUGAUUAUUAACAGCAUGAGAGUCAUCUAUUGAGUUUAGAAACAGCAAACAUGUAUAAGUACUUCAGCGCCAUGUCCAUUACACGCUGUAGCUGAACAGUAGUGAGAGGGAAGGCCGAGUUUCCGAGACAGGAAAUGACAGCAGAGCGGAUUCAAGCAGCCUUUCUGUCCUUCAUGCCGUCAGGUUGCCGUGGUUUGGGCCUGAGAGGCCACAAGGAUGUGAGAACAACACAUUACCAUCAACAUGGAGCUGUUUUUUAUUAUUAUUAUUAUUUUGUACAUCCUUAGUAUUUUUACACAUAAGAUGUAUCGGAUAGGGAUGCACAUUAUUUUCCUUCUUACAGACGGCUUCAAUAAAGCACUAUGUCAAUCUGCUGA